CUGACCCGGAAGCGGAAGUUUUUUGCAGGCGGAGUGUUGGAGAACGGAGGCAGCGGCGGUAGCAGCAGCAGCAGCAGCGGUACAUCCACAAGAGGCUUGGAUACGGGAGCAAGAUGCUGAUCAAAGUGAAGACGCUGACAGGGAAGGAAAUUGAGAUCGACAUUGAACCCACAGACAAGGUGGAACGGAUCAAAGAGCGGGUGGAAGAGAAAGAAGGAAUUCCUCCACAGCAGCAACGACUCAUCUACAGUGGCAAACAGAUGAACGACGAGAAAACAGCUGCUGAUUAUAAGAUCCAAGGGGGCUCAGUUCUCCAUUUGGUGUUGGCUCUUCGUGGGGGAGGUGGCCUUGGGCGGUGAUGGACCUCCUUCUACUUCAUCCCCUCACCCCAUCACUCAUAAUGAUGCGCCAUGUACCCUUCCACUUCCUGGGACAACAGAACCACCACAUCCUCCCCAGGACAGAUACCUCAUUGUUUCUGUCUGUUGCUGGGAGGUCUGUGAGGACCCCAGAGUCCAGCCCUCUGGGUCUGCAGGGCCCUUGGCUAGCUGUUGGUUUUUAGUUUGUGGUCUCGCCUGCCCCUUCCCUCGUGGCUGUGUCCUGGUUGUUAAUAAAGACAUUUCCCAGCCUUCUGGAA